UAUACAAUGCUCUUGAUCUUAUACCUUUUAAUAAUCAUGCUUGCCAUGGUUAGUGCGCAAGGAAUUCAGCAGCUUCAGCAUCUACAAUCAGACCCAGAUAUGUUCAGAUGUAGAAGCUGCCCUCCUGAUCAUGACACUCCAAAGGUUUCAAGUGAUUCAUCUGAACAUAAGUUUGAAUACAAAGAUGAAGAUGAUGGGCAGGUGAAGGUGUGUGAGAAAGGACAAACAUGCUUGGCAAAAUAUUGUAUACUUGUUUCUGCAAAACAAGAAUGCCAAGAUGUGCAUAUAUGGGAGGUGUGGCCAGGGAGUCCCACAGCUCGUCCAUGGUGGGUGGGGAGGAGUGUCCAUGCUUUACAGCCUGAUGAAGACCCUAAUGAGAUCAUUGAAAGAGCAUCAACAAAACCGGGUUUGGGAGUGGUUUCAACAGAUGAGGGCAGAAGUCAACAAGAGCGAACAAGACUAACAACCCACCCGCUAGACGUGGGCUCAAAAGAAGCAACUACAAUACACAACUCACCCACCUAGGCAGCCGACAGAAUUACUCCGACGAAAGGAUAGAACUAUUCAAUCGUUGUUAAUUUUGAUUAGAUGUUUCUUAUGUUUUAACUUAUUUUUUUUUUCAGAUCUUGAUAUAAGAAACUUCUUGUUAACCUAGUCUCAUUAGGGUCACAGCUCAUCUAUGUGAGAUGUGUGGCUGAGCCUUUUGGAGUAUGCUAUUAUCCAUUAGAUAAGUGUUUGAUAUCAUUUAUAAAUAAUGAGAAGUAUUAUAUUAAA